AAGAAUAAAAGGGAAAAGGGAAAAGGUAAGGACGGAUAAAACACGACACACGACACACAAUUCUUACGAACACCAGAUGCCGACUAAAAAGCAAACGUCGUCAACAAAACCAAAACCAAAACCAAAGCCAGAGCCAAACCCAGAAACAAAACCAAUUCCAACUCCAAUUCCAACUCCAAAUCCAAAUCCCAAACCAAAAGCAAAAUCGAAACUGAAACCCAAACCUAAGCCAAUAAAACCAUGGUCCAUGUAUCCGGCACUCCACGAAAGCGUAACGCACCUAUUAGAAGAAGAGGAUCUCUACUUCGAUUUCCACAACGUCGACGACGAUACGAAAAUUCCUGACGAAGAAUUCGACAGUAAAAUUAUGGGUCGAUUUAUUUGCCGCAACCCCAAAUGUGGCUCCAGCGGGUGGUCAAGCAAGUGCAUUGCCAUUACGAUACGGAUGUACCGAGGGGGGAAAUACAAUGCAAGGGUAUAUCACCAACGCUGCCGGAGCUGCAACAGCCUCAGCCGACCGCGUCUGGAUGAGUCAUACGCGGAGCGGGUCGCAUAUUGGCUCAAAAGGUGGAGUGGAAUACAGAUGAAGCGGGUUGAACACUAUGAGAAAAGCAAAGCCCCGCAUAAUAGAGAUUUAUGUGAGGGUUGCAAAGCUGGUCAUUGCAUGGCGCAGGACCAAGCCCUGGAUUGGUUUUAGAACAAUGAUAAAGAGUUGCAGUUUCUCCUUUGAGAGGUUUUUGUGAGAGAGAGUUUGUCUACCGGAGCAAAGAUGUUGAUUGUGAAGAUGAAUUGUGUACGUUGGGAUGUGUAGCGGCCUGCGGUGCGGUUGGAAGACAAAGACGUUGAAUUCGUUAAUCAUAAGUUUUUCUGAGACUCUGAGAAUGGACUUG